AUGGUCAACGUUCUCUGCAUGGUCCUGGGCCUCGCCGCCACGACGCUGGCUUUCCCUACCUCCUGGAACCAGUCGUUCCCCCAGGUCGCGCCGCCGACCAACUACACGCAGCACCACCACUGGACCAACCACACCUACGUCGCCAGAUCCGUCAACUCGACUGCAUUGAACACCACGGCCGUGGUCCUGAACGGAACUCACUACUAG